UAUGACUUCACCCAACCCCAGUCGGUCUUUCAAAUUUUCAACAACAAAUCCCAUUUCCAUUUCUAUGCUCAAUCAAUGCUCGCAUUCUCUUGCUCGAUCUCUGUUUCAAUCUAUUAACCCGUAUAUCCUGUGAGACACAGAGUGACAGAGUGAAGGGUUGGGUUGAGACGUUGAUCACGCACCAUGUCUGACAUUGUCAACGAGGCUUGGAGGAAAUAUCUCCUGCAGCUUCAGCUUCACCCUCUUAGAACCAAGGCAAUUACAGCUGGAUUUUUAGCUGGGUGUAGUGAUACAGUCGCCCAAAAGAUUUCUGGGAUCAAGAAGCUUCAACUGAAAAGAUUACUUCUUGUCAUGCUCUAUGGGUUUGCAUAUGCUGGGCCUUUCGGGCAUUUCCUCCACAAGUUGAUGGAUAUAAUUUUCAAAGGGAAGAAGGGCAACAAAACUGUUGUGAAGAAGGUGUUAUUGGAACAGUUAACUUCCUCUCCGUGGAACAACCUUUUCUUUAUGAUCUAUUAUGGUUUGGUAGUAGAAGGAAGACGGUGGGGUUUAGUCAAGAAUAAAGUUAGAAAGGACUACCCCUCUGUUCAGUUAACAGCCUGGAAGUUUUGGCCUAUAGUUGGUUGGGUGAAUUACCAGUACAUGCCGUUUCAAUUCCGUGUUAUAUUCCACAGCUUUGUUGCCUCAUGCUGGGCGAUCUUUCUGAAUCUGAAAGCCAGAUCUGUUGCAAUUAAGAAGGCAUAGAAUGAAGAAAUUUUCUUAUGUUUGGUUUGUAGAUUUCGCCUGUCGUGUGGUAUUAUUGAAGUUCCCACUUGUUGUGCUUGAUUGGUAUUUAGGCUUGGGUGGUUGGGUAUUAUAGCAAAGAAAUAACCAGCGCAUCGUUGGGUUGUUUA